AUGCUACAAACCGAUUUUACUAUAUAUAACUUGAAUGAACAUGCUAUACCUUUCACAAUCAUCUGUAGAAUCAAAAGAGAAGUUUUAAUUUUUCAGGUUGCCUUCACCCUGACCCGUUCCACCGGUCUGGGCGUGGUGUCCAGUACAGCUGACCUGACCGUGACCUUUGACCAUGUGCUGACUGAUGUUGGCGGCAGCUUUACUGACGUCACCAACCCGUCCGUCUUCAACUGUCAACAUCCAGGUGUCUAUCAGUUCAGCUUCUCGGCACUGUCACAGGCAAACUGUUCUGCCUUUGUCAAGCUGAUGAAAAACGGACAAUUUCAGCUUGCCAUGUGGGCUGGGCAGAGUUCUAACUAUGGCAGUGGGGCAAACACUGCUGUGCUGGAGCUGGAGCAAGGGGACCGAGUCUGGCUGGCUAUCGGUUCACCAAACAGAUAUACCAUACAUAGCAACAGUAACCGCUAUGUCAGCUUCACAGGAGCCCUGUUGUACUCUACCUAAAUGGUGUGUCACACACUCCUACA